AUGGCAAUUAGAAAUGGGUGCUUUAAAAAUUCAGAUAAUUUACAAGCGAACACCUUGUUAUUUCUGAAAUUUUGCCUAACGAUCAAUAUUCAUUUUUGCUCACAAGUAUAUAAUUAAUCUAAUAAUUUAGAUAAAAAUGAAUUAUAUCUAUUGGUAUUAAGCGAACUAAUAAUUAAAAAGCUGGAUAUUCGAUUAAAAAUUCACAAUGUUACUUAAAAUGAUACACACUUAUUUUGUUUAACAGAAUUAUAACAAUUUAUAAAAAUAGACAAAGCAAAUCUUUAUUAAAACGAGUAAAUCGAAAUGAAGGCUCUUUAUGAAUAAAUACGGUAUGAUAAUGCCGAAAAAGCUUUUCAUUCAGCUAUUUUACCUCAAAAUAUUUAAAAAUUUACAUUAAACUCAAUUUAAGGCUUUGUUGUUGAUAGGGCACGUUUUAUUGAUGGGACAUAAAAAAAAGGAAUAUCAAGUUCAAUUCAAGUUUAUUAGUAGUAAUACUCAAUUUCUGAAGUCCAUCAAUAAGAGACUUAAUUAAAACUCUCGAUAAUAAAUCAUUAAGUAAAUCACACUCCAAAUAAAGUUGCAAUACCCUUAUAAAAAUCUAGAAUAUAUUAUUCUCCUUAGCCAAUAGUGUUAAAAUCUCAUAAAUCAGCAAUGACACCCUUAAAGCAAUCUGCAGUUCUUCCAAAAUCAUAUUUAUCUCGUACACCAAGUAUGCAGCAACCUUUAGCCCGUUCUUUUGUUAACUAUUCUGAAAGUAGAACAAAAUCCCCUGUAAAAAAAGCAAAUUUGAUGCGACUUUUAAUCUAGGACAUUCAAAUUACAAUCAAUUCUAUGUACAGCUACCCGUAAAUUGCAUUUGAAUUUAGGGAAAGAGUAUACUCAAAUAGAAGCAACUCUGCAUAGGACAUAAGAUAAAUGAUAAAAGAGAUAAAUCCAAGAUCUAAUAGUUCAGAAAAAGAAAAAAUUUAAGAAUUUAUUCAUAAGGAAAGAAGAUAUGAUUAAGAACUUAAUAAAUAAAUGGAGACAGUUAGAUCUUAACUGGAAGGUUUAAAACGAUAAUCUAAUUAAUCAGAGGAAGUAUUUGAAGAUGCCAUAUCUAAAAGAAGAUAAAGCAUUGCCGAUGAUUUAUCAGUAGGAGAAACUGGAACUCAAGAUAAAGAAAUCAAUUAUGGUUAAAGCAGAAUAGUAGGACAAAAUAAAUACUCCAAAAAUAUAUUGAAUGCUUCCCCCAUCCUUAAUUCUCCAUCAAUAUAAAAAUUCGAUGAAACUACAAAAUUCUUUGAAGAGGAAAUCUUAAUUAGAAAUAGACAGAAGUAGGAUAGAGUUUUAAUUAGAGAAGUAAUCCUUUUGGACUCCUCAACAUAUGUAAAUGAUGAAAAUUUAUAUACAGUAAGAAGCAAAAAUUAAAUAUUAAUUGCAAGUCGAGUCAUUAAUGGGAUAAUUGAUUAAAGUUGGGAACUAACAAGUAACAAUAGAUAUAAAAAAACUAUUUCUGUAAACGAACCUAUUUAAUAUUUAGAAGAAGACAUAAAGAUUUAUUAGGGAAAUUGCAUUUUACGAAAAUAAAUAAGAAAAACACCAGAAAUCCUUAUUAUGGGAGAAGGCAUUAAUGAAGAAUAACAGAAUGGUGAUAUUGUUGAAAGCAGAAGACUUGUUGAAAACAAUGAAUCUCUAACUUAAAUGAAAGCAGAUGGCUGGUCCUUUGAAAACAUGCAAAGACUGGAAAGAAAUCUUGGAAUAGAAUAAAUAUAAAUUCAUUAAAUGGAAUGCAGUUAACAAAUCCUAGAAAAAAAUGGUUCGUUUUAAAAAAUAUAAAAGUAGGUAGAGUUUUCUAAUGAUUAAAGUGAAAUUCAUGGGAAGUAAGUAUAAGAAGAAAUAUUAAGAUUUAAUAAGGAUACGGGCAAAAUAGAAAAAAUUUUAAUACGAAAACCCUACACAGAAAAAGAUGAUGAGUUGGAUAAAGACUACAGUUAGAAAGGAGUAAAAGUACUCUCUAGAAAAAUAUUAGAUAAUUCUCCAUCUUAAAAAAUAAUGUUACAGGGUGGAUGGUAAUUGACCUAGGAAGGAUUUUUAUAAAAAAUAAUAUCAGAAUCAGAACCAGAAUAAUUCGUAGAAGAGGAAAUCAUAAUUUAUAAUCAAGUAACAAAAAAGUAGGAUAGAAAAUUAGUGAGAAGGCCAUUCUUUGAUGGUGAAUUACAAGAGAUAAGUGAAAAUUUAGAUGAAGAUAGUAAUUUUGGUGUAAAAGUCGUUGCAAGAAGAAUAAUAGAAAAGAAUGAAUAAAAGUAAUAAGGUAAAGAAUGGCAGAAGAAUUUAGAGGGGAAUUAUGAAUUAUAAAUUUCUUAAGCUGAAUCAACUUAAUAUGUUGAAGAGGAAAUACUAAUUAAGGAUAAAAAUGGAAGGAUGAUUAGAAAACUAGUAAGAAGGCCGAUUGAAUAAUGCAAAGGAAAAGUUGGGAAUAAUUUAAGAGAAAAAGAUAAAAAUGGCAACGUUGUAUUGUCCAGGAAGAUCAUAGAUAAUAAGUUUUCUAUAUAAGAUUGGAAAAAAAAUGGUAAAAUAUAUGAAAAAAUUAUUUCAUAAGAGGAACCUGAACAAUUUGUUGAAGAAGAGAUAAUAAUCAUCAAUCCUAAAACAGGCAAACAAGAGCGCAAAUUAAUAAGACGUCCUUAUGAAAAUGAAGAGGAAAUUGGAGAUUAAUUGAACGAAUCAAUUGGCAAUAACCAAAAAGUAGUAUCUCGUAGAAUUGUUUAAAAUGACAGUUCUUUAAGUGAAUGGAAGAAAAAUUAGAAAACUGGAUAAUUGGAAAAAUUAAUUGUUCAGAAUGAACCAGCUAAAUUUAUUGAGGAAGAAGUUUUAGUAAUGAAUGAAAAGACAGGAAAGAUGGAAAGAAAAUUAGUCAGAAAAUAAUAUCAGCCUGGUUAGAAUGUUGGAAAUAAUUUAUAAGAAACAGAUUCAAAUGGAAAUAAAAUUCUAGCAAGAAGGGUUAUUGAAAAUACAUCAUCAACCUAGUAAGUUGAGAAGGAAGGAUGGAAAAAUAAUUAAGGAAAUUAUGAAAUAACCUUAUCCAUUCAAGAACCAACUUAAUUUAUUGAAGAAGAAAUUAUUAUCAUGAGAUAAGGUGGAAAAUAAGAGAGAAAAAUUAUUAGAAGACCUUUGGAUGAAGAUGGAAAUAUAGAGGAGGGAGAAGAGCUUUUGGAAGAUUUAGGUGAUGGUUGCUAUGUAGUUUCUAGAAAGAUUGUUGAUAAUGAUUUGUCUCUCACUUCUUCGAAGUGGAAAAAAAAUAGUGAUGGAAAUUAUGAAUAAUCUUUGGGCGUUGAACCUUCUCAAUAUAUUACUGAGGAAGUUUUAUCAUUAAAUAAUGAAACAGGUAUGAUGGAAAGAAAACUAGUGAGGAAACCGUAUUCGGGAGGAAAAAUCCAAGAAGGUGAUUAAUUAAAUGAAGUAGAUAAGAAUGGAAAUAAAGUGCUUUCCCGUAAAAUAGAAUCCAAUCUUCAACCUAAAGCAGCCAAAUAAUAAUGGUAAAAUGUUGGUAAAUAAGAAGAGAUUAUCAUAAAUUCCGAAGAACCUGAGCAAUAUAUUGAAGAAGAAAUUAUUCAAAUCAACCCGAAAACAGGAAAAAUAGAGAGAAAAAUUGUCAGAAAACCUAUGAAUAAUGAAGAAUUAGAUAAUUUGUAAUUGGGUUAGAAUUUACAAGAAGAUUUAGGAAAUGGUAAACAAGUAAUUUCAAGAAAAAUUGUGUAAAAUGAUCAAUCAAAUUAAGCUUUGAAAUAGUAAGGUUGGGUAAAAAAUAGUGAUGGGAAUAUGGAAAUCAGAUUUCAGCCUGAACCUGUAAAAUAUGUUGAAGAAGAAAUAUUAGUUUAAGGCGAAGAUGGAGUCGUUUAAAGAAAACUAAUAAGAAGACCAUACCUACCCUAAGAUAACAAAUUACAAAUUGGAGCAGUAAUAGAAAAAGAUUAAAAAGGAAAUAAAGUAGUUUCAAGAAAGAUUGUAUAAAAUAAUUAGCCAAUUGACUCCAACUGGGUUUAAUUAAGUAAUGGUUAAUAAGAGAAAGUGAUCUCGGUGUAAGAACCAGAAGCAUACAUUGAGGAAGAGAUCAUUGUAAUAAAUCCCAAAACUUAGAAAUAAGAAAGAAAAUUAAUUAGAAGACCUUUGACUGAAUCAGAAAUUGGCGAGAUAGGAGAGAAUCUUCAAGAAGGUGAUGGCACUAGAAAAGUGGUUGCAAGAAGAAUAAUCUCUAAUGAAUAACCUAUGGAUUAAAUGAAAGAUUGGUAAAAAAAAUAGGGACAAUUGGAAAUUUAAUUAGCCUAAAGUGAGCCAACUAAGUAUGUUGAGGAAGAAGUACUUUGUUAUGGGGAAAAUGGAUUGCAAAGAAAAUUAAUAAGGAGACCGUUAACGAAGGAAAAUUCUGAGAUAGGAAGUAACUUAAAUGAAGUAGAUAAAGACGGAAACCGAAUUUUAUCGAGAAAAAUUGUCGAUAAUACUUAAUCCUUUUCUUAAGUUCAAAAAGAUUGGUAAAAAGGAUAAAAUGGUACUCUUGAGAAAAUUAUUUCAUAAGAGGAACCUGAAUAAUUCAUUGAAGAAGAGAUAUUAAUAAUUAAUCCUAAAACAGGCAAACAAGAGCGCAAAUUAAUAAGACGUCCUUAUGAAAAUGAAGAGGAAAUUGGAGAUUAAUUGAACGAAUCAAUUGGCAAUAACCAAAAAGUAGUAUCUCGUAGAAUUGUUUAAAAUGACAGUUCUUUAAGUGAAUGGAAGAAAAAUUAGAAAACUGGAUAAUUGGAAAAAUUAAUUGUUCAGAAUGAACCAGCUAAAUUUAUUGAGGAAGAAGUUUUAGUAAUGAAUGAAAAGACAGGAAAGAUGGAAAGAAAAUUAGUCAGAAAAUAAUAUCAGCCUGGUUAGAACGUUGGAAAUAAUUUAUAAGAAACAGAUUCAAAUGGAAAUAAAAUUCUAGCAAGAAGGGUUAUUGAAAAUACAUCAUCAACCUAGUAAGUUGAGAAGGAAGGAUGGAAAAAUAAUUAAGGAAAUUAUGAAAUAACCUUAUCCAUUCAAGAACCAACUUAAUUUAUUGAAGAAGAAAUUAUUAUCAUGAGAUAAGGUGGAAAAUAAGAGAGAAAAAUUAUUAGAAGACCUUUGGAUAAUGAUGGAAAUAUAGAGGAGGGAGAAGAGCUUUUGGAAGAUUUAGGUGAUGGUUGCUAUGUAGUUUCUAGAAAGAUUGUUGAUAAUGAUUUGUCUCUCACUUCUUCGAAGUGGAAAAAAAAUAGUGAUGGAAAUUAUGAAUAAUCUUUGGGCGUUGAACCUUCUCAAUAUAUUACUGAGGAAGUUUUAUCAUUAAAUAAUGAAACAGGUAUGAUGGAAAGAAAACUAGUGAGGAAACCGUAUUCGGGAGGAAAAAUCCAAGAAGGUGAUUAAUUAAAUGAAGUAGAUAAGAAUGGAAAUAAAGUGCUUUCCCGUAAAAUAGAAUCCAAUCUUCAACCUAAAGCAGCCAAAUAAUAAUGGUAAAAUGUUGGUAAAUAAGAAGAGAUUAUCAUAAAUUCCAAAGAACCUGAGCAAUAUAUUGAAGAAGAAAUUAUUCAAAUCAACCCAAAAACAGGAAAAAUAGAGAGAAAAAUUGUCAGAAAACCUAUGAAUAAUGAAGAAUUAGAUAAUUUGUAAUUGGGUUAGAAUUUACAAGAAGAUUUAGGAAAUGGUAAACAAGUAAUUUCAAGAAAAAUUGUGUAAAAUGAUCAAUCAAAUUAAGCUUUGAAAUAGUAAGGUUGGGUAAAAAAUAGUGAUGGGAAUAUGGAAAUCAGAUUUCAGCCUGAACCUGUAAAAUAUGUUGAAGAAGAAAUAUUAGUUUAAGGCGAAGAUGGAGUCGUUUAAAGAAAACUAAUAAGAAGACCAUACCUACCCUAAGAUAACAAAUUACAAACUGGAGCAGUAAUAGAAAAAGAUUAAAAAGGAAAUAAAGUAGUUUCAAGAAAGAUUGUAUAAAAUAAUUAGCCAAUUGACUCCAACUGGGUUUAAUUAAGUAAUGGUUAAUAAGAGAAAGUGAUCUCGGUGUAAGAACCAGAAGCAUACAUUGAGGAAGAGAUCAUAGUAAUAAAUCCCAAAACUUAGAAAUAAGAAAGAAAAUUAAUUAGAAGACCUUUGACUGAAUCAGAAAUUGGCGAGAUAGGAGAGAAUCUUCAAGAAGGUGAUGGCACUAGAAAAGUGGUUGCAAGAAGAAUAAUCUCUAAUGAAUAACCUAUGGAUUAAAUGAAAGAUUGGUAAAAAAAAUAGGGACAAUUGGAAAUUUAAUUAGCCUAAAGUGAGCCAACUAAGUAUGUUGAGGAAGAAGUACUUUGUUAUGGGGAAAAUGGAUUGCAAAGAAAAUUAAUAAGGAGACCGUUAACGAAGGAAAAUUCUGAGAUAGGAAGUAACUUAAAUGAAGUAGAUAAAGACGGAAACCGAAUUUUAUCGAGAAAAAUUGUCGAUAAUACUUAAUCCUUUUCUUAAGUUCAAAAAGAUUGGUAAAAAGGAUAAAAUGGUACUCUUGAGAAAAUUAUUUCAUAAGAGGAACCUGAAUAAUUCAUUGAAGAAGAGAUAUUAAUAAUUAAUCCUAAAACAGGCAAACAAGAGCGCAAAUUAAUAAGACGUCCUUAUGAAAAUGAAGAGGAAAUUGGAGAUUAAUUGAACGAAUCAAUUGGCAAUAACCAAAAAGUAGUAUCUCGUAGAAUUGUUUAAAAUGACAGUUCUUUAAGUGAAUGGAAGAAAAAUUAGAAAACUGGAUAAUUGGAAAAAUUAAUUGUUCAGAAUGAACCAGCUAAAUUUAUUGAGGAAGAAGUUUUAGUAAUGAAUGAAAAGACAGGAAAGAUGGAAAGAAAAUUAGUCAGAAAAUAAUAUCAGCCUGGUUAGAACGUUGGAAAUAAUUUAUAAGAAACAGAUUCAAAUGGAAAUAAAAUUCUAGCAAGAAGGGUUAUUGAAAAUACAUCAUCAACCUAGUAAGUUGAGAAGGAAGGAUGGAAAAAUAAUUAAGGAAAUUAUGAAAUAACCUUAUCCAUUCAAGAACCAACUUAAUUUAUUGAAGAAGAAAUUAUUAUCAUGAGAUAAGGUGGAAAAUAAGAGAGAAAAAUUAUUAGAAGACCUUUGGAUAAUGAUGGAAAUAUAGAGGAGGGAGAAGAGCUUUUGGAAGAUUUAGGUGAUGGUUGCUAUGUAGUUUCUAGAAAGAUUGUUGAUAAUGAUUUGUCUCUCACUUCUUCGAAGUGGAAAAAAAAUAGUGAUGGAAAUUAUGAAUAAUCUUUGGGCGUUGAACCUUCUCAAUAUAUUACUGAGGAAGUUUUAUCAUUAAAUAAUGAAACAGGUAUGAUGGAAAGAAAACUAGUGAGGAAACCGUAUUCGGGAGGAAAAAUCCAAGAAGGUGAUUAAUUAAAUGAAGUAGAUAAGAAUGGAAAUAAAGUGCUUUCCCGUAAAAUAGAAUCCAAUCUUCAACCUAAAGCAGCCAAAUAAUAAUGGUAAAAUGUUGGUAAAUAAGAAGAGAUUAUCAUAAAUUCCGAAGAACCUGAGCAAUAUAUUGAAGAAGAAAUUAUUCAAAUCAACCCGAAAACAGGAAAAAUAGAGAGAAAAAUUGUCAGAAAACCUAUGAAUAAUGAAGAAUUAGAUAAUUUGUAAUUGGGUUAGAAUUUACAAGAAGAUUUAGGAAAUGGUAAACAAGUAAUUUCAAGAAAAAUUGUGUAAAAUGAUCAAUCAAAUUAAGCUUUGAAAUAGUAAGGUUGGGUAAAGAAUAGUGAUGGGAAUAUGGAAAUCAGAUUUCAGCCUGAACCUGUAAAAUAUGUUGAAGAAGAAAUAUUAGUUUAAGGCGAAGAUGGAGUCGUUUAAAGAAAACUAAUAAGAAGACCAUACCUACCCUAAGAUAACAAAUUACAAAUUGGAGCAGUAAUAGAAAAAGAUUAAAAAGGAAAUAAAGUAGUUUCAAGAAAGAUUGUAUAAAAUAAUUAGCCAAUUGACUCCAACUGGGUUUAAUUAAGUAAUGGUUAAUAAGAGAAAGUGAUCUCGGUGUAAGAACCAGAAGCAUACAUUGAGGAAGAGAUCAUUGUAAUAAAUCCCAGAACUUAGAAAUAAGAAAGAAAAUUAAUUAGAAGACCUUUGACUGAAUCAGAAAUUGGCGAGAUAGGAGAGAAUCUUCAAGAAGGUGAUGGCACUAGAAAAGUGGUUGCAAGAAGAAUAAUCUCUAAUGAAUAACCUAUGGAUUAAAUGAAAGAUUGGUAACAAAAAUAGGGACAAAUGGAAAUUUAAUUAGCCUAAAGUGAGCCAACUAAGUAUGUUGAGGAAGAAGUACUUUGUUAUGGGGAAAAUGGAUUGCAGAGAAAAUUAAUAAGGAGACCGUUAACGAAGGAAAAUUCUGAGAUGGGAAGUAACUUAAAUGAAGUAGAUAAGGACGGAAACCGAAUUUUAUCGAGAAAAAUUGUUGAUAAUACUUAAUCCCUUUCUUAAGUUCAAAAAGAUUGGUAAAAAGGAUAAAAUGGUACUCUUGAGAAAAUUAUUUCAUAAGAGGAACCUGAAUAAUUCAUUGAAGAAGAGAUAUUAAUAAUUAAUCCUAAAACAGGCAAACAAGAGCGCAAAUUAAUAAGACGUCCUUAUGAAAAUGAAGAGGAAAUUGGAGAUUAAUUGAACGAAUCAAUUGGCAAUAACCAAAAAGUAGUAUCUCGCAGAAUUGUUUAAAAUGACAGUUCUUUAAGUGAAUGGAAGAAAAAUUAGAAAACUGGAUAAUUGGAAAAAUUAAUCAUUCAGAAUGAACCAGCUAAAUUUAUUGAGGAAGAAGUUUUAGUAAUGAAUGAAAAGACAGGAAAGAUGGAAAGAAAAUUAGUAAGAAAAUAAUAUUAGCCUGGUUAGAACGUUGGAAAUAAUUUAUAAGAAACAGAUUCAAAUGGAAAUAAAAUUCUAGCAAGAAGGGUUAUUGAAAAUACAUCAUCAACAUAGUAAGUUGAGAAGGAAGGAUGGAAAAAUAAUUAAGGAAAUUAUGAAAUAACCUUAUCCAUUCAAGAACCAACUUAAUUCAUUGAAGAAGAAAUUAUUAUCAUGAGAUAAGGUGGAAAAUAAGAGAGAAAAAUUAUAAGAAGACCUUUGGAUAAUGAUGGGAACAUUCUAGAGGGAGAAGAAAUUUUGGAAGAUUUAGGUGAUGGUUGCUAUGUAGUUUCUAGAAAGAUUGUUGAUAAUGAUUUGUCUCUCACUUCUUCGAAGUGGAAAAAAAAUAGUGAUGGAAAUUAUGAAUAAUCUUUGGGCGUUGAACCUUCUCAAUAUAUUACUGAGGAAGUUUUAUCAUUAAAUAAUGAAACAGGUAUGAUGGAAAGAAAACUAGUGAGGAAACCGUAUUCGGGAGGAAAAAUCCAAGAAGGUGAUUAAUUAAAUGAAGUAGAUAAGAAUGGAAAUAAAGUGCUUUCCCGUAAAAUAGAAUCCAAUCUUCAACCUAAAGCAGCCAAAUAAUAAUGGUAAAAUGUUGGUAAAUAAGAAGAGAUUAUCAUAAAUUCCAAAGAACCUGAGCAAUAUAUUGAAGAAGAAAUUAUUCAAAUCAACCCAAAAACAGGAAAAAUAGAGAGAAAAAUUGUCAGAAAACCUAUGAAUAAUGAAGAAUUAGAUAAUUUGUAAAUGGGUUAGAAUUUACAAGAAGAUUUAGGAAAUGGUAAACAAGUAAUUUCAAGAAAAAUUGUGUAAAAUGAUCAAUCAAAUUAAGCUUUGAAAUAGUAAGGUUGGGUAAAGAAUAGUGAUGGGAAUAUGGAAAUCAGAUUUCAGCCUGAACCUGUAAAAUAUGUUGAAGAAGAAAUAUUAGUUUAAGGCGAAGAUGGAGUCGUUUAAAGAAAACUAAUAAGAAGACCAUACCUACCCUAAGAUAACAAAUUACAAAUUGGAGCAGUAAUAGAAAAAGAUUAAAAAGGAAAUAAAGUAGUUUCAAGAAAGAUUGUAUAAAAUAAUUAGCCAAUUGACUCCAACUGGGUUUAAUUAAGUAACGGCUAAUAGGAGAAAGUGAUCUCGGUGUAAGAACCAGAAGCAUACGUUGAGGAAGAGAUCAUUGUAAUAAAUCCCAGAACUUAGAAAUAAGAAAGAAAAUUAAUUAGAAGACCUUUGACUGAAUCAGAAAUUGGCGAAAUAGGAGAGAAUCUUCAAGAAGGUGAUGGCACUAGAAAAGUGGUUGCAAGAAGAAUAAUCUCUAAUGAAUAACCUAUGGAUUAAAUGAAAGAUUGGUAACAAAAAUAGGGACAAAUGGAAAUUUAAUUAGCCUAAAGUGAGCCAACUAAGUAUGUUGAGGAAGAAGUACUUUGUUAUGGGGAAAAUGGAUUGCAGAGAAAAUUAAUAAGGAGACCGUUAACGAAGGAAAAUUCUGAGAUGGGAAGUAACUUAAAUGAAGUAGAUAAAGACGGAAACCGAAUUUUAUCGAGAAAAAUUGUCGAUAAUUCUUAAUCCCUUUCUUAAGUUCAAAAAGAUUGGUAAAAAGGAUAAAAUGGUACUCUUGAAAAAAUUAUAUCAUAAGGGGAACCUGAACAAUUUGUUGAAGAAGAGAUAAUAAUCAUCAAUCCUAAAACAGGCAAACAAGAGCGCAAAUUAAUAAGACGUCCUUAUGAAAAUGAAGAGGAAAUUGGAGAUUAAUUGAACGAAUCAAUUGGCAAUAACCAAAAAGUAGUAUCUCGCAGAAUUGUUUAAAAUGACAGUUCUUUAAGUGAAUGGAAGAAAAAUUAGAAAACUGGAUAAUUGGAAAAAUUAAUCAUUCAGAAUGAACCAGCUAAAUUUAUUGAGGAAGAAGUUUUAGUAAUGAAUGAAAAGACAGGAAAGAUGGAAAGAAAAUUAGUAAGAAAAUAAUAUUAGCCUGGUUAGAACGUUGGAAAUAAUUUAUAAGAAACAGAUUCAAAUGGAAAUAAAAUUCUAGCAAGAAGGGUUAUUGAAAAUACAUCAUCAACAUAGUAAGUUGAGAAGGAAGGAUGGAAAAAUAAUUAAGGAAAUUAUGAAAUAACCUUAUCCAUUCAAGAACCAACUUAAUUUAUUGAAGAAGAAAUUAUUAUCAUGAGAUAAGGUGGGAAAUAAGAGAGAAAAAUUAUAAGAAGACCUUUGGAUAAUGAUGGGAACAUUCUAGAGGGAGAAGAAAUUUUGGAAGAUUUAGGUGAUGGUUGCUAUGUAGUUUCUAGAAAGAUUGUUGAUAAUGAUUUGUCUCUCACUUCUUCGAAGUGGAAAAAAAAUAGUGAUGGAAAUUAUGAAUAAUCUUUGGGCGUUGAACCUUCUCAAUAUAUUACUGAGGAAGUUUUAUCAUUAAAUAAUGAAACAGGUAUGAUGGAAAGAAAACUAGUGAGGAAACCGUAUUCGGGAGGAAAAAUCCAAGAAGGUGAUUAAUUAAAUGAAGUAGAUAAGAAUGGAAAUAAAGUGCUUUCCCGUAAAAUAGAAUCCAAUCUUCAACCUAAAGCAGCCAAAUAAUAAUGGUAAAAUGUUGGUAAAUAAGAAGAGAUUAUCAUAAAUUCCGAAGAACCUGAGCAAUAUAUUGAAGAAGAAAUUAUUCAAAUCAACCCAAAAACAGGAAAAAUAGAGAGAAAAAUUGUCAGAAAACCAUUGAAUAAUGAAGAAUUCGAUAAUUUAUAAAUGGGUUAGAAUUUACAAGAAGAUUUAGGAAAUGGUAAACAAGUAAUUUCAAGAAAAAUUGUGUAAAAUGAUCAAUCAAAUUAAGCUUUGAAAUAGUAAGGUUGGGUAAAGAAUAGUGAUGGGAAUAUGGAAAUCAGAUUUCAGCCUGAACCUGUAAAAUAUGUUGAAGAAGAAAUAUUAGUUUAAGGCGAAGAUGGAGUCGUUUAAAGAAAACUAAUAAGAAGACCAUACCUACCCUAAGACAACAAAUUACAAACUGGAGCAGUAAUAGAAAAAGAUUAAAAAGGAAAUAAAGUAGUUUCAAGAAAGAUUGUAUAAAAUAAUUAGCCAAUUGACUCCAACUGGGUUUAAUUAAGUAACGGCUAAUAGGAGAAAGUGAUCUCGGUGUAAGAACCAGAAGCAUACGUUGAGGAAGAGAUCAUUGUAAUAAAUCCCAGAACUUAGAAAUAAGAAAGAAAAUUAAUUAGAAGACCUUUGACUGAAUCAGAAAUUGGCGAAAUAGGAGAGAAUCUUCAAGAAGGUGAUGGCACUAGAAAAGUGGUUGCAAGAAGAAUAAUCUCUAAUGAAUAACCUAUGGAUUAAAUGAAAGAUUGGUAACAAAAAUAGGGACAAAUGGAAAUUUAAUUAGCCUAAAGUGAGCCAACUAAGUAUGUUGAGGAAGAAGUACUUUGUUAUGGGGAAAAUGGAUUGCAGAGAAAAUUAAUAAGGAGACCGUUAACGAAGGAAAAUUCUGAGAUGGGAAGUAACUUAAAUGAAGUAGAUAAAGACGGAAACCGAAUUUUAUCGAGAAAAAUUGUCGAUAAUUCUUAAUCCCUUUCUUAAGUUCAAAAAGAUUGGUAAAAAGGAUAAAAUGGUACUCUUGAAAAAAUUAUAUCAUAAGGGGAACCUGAACAAUUUGUUGAAGAAGAGAUAAUAAUCAUCAAUCCUAAAACAGGCAAACAAGAGCGCAAAUUAAUAAGACGUCCUUAUGAAAAUGAAGAGGAAAUUGGAGAUUAAUUGAACGAAUCAAUUGGCAAUAACCAAAAAGUAGUAUCUCGCAGAAUUGUUUAAAAUGACAGUUCUUUAAGUGAAUGGAAGAAAAAUUAGAAAACUGGAUAAUUGGAAAAAUUAAUCAUUCAGAAUGAACCAGCUAAAUUUAUUGAGGAAGAAGUUUUAGUAAUGAAUGAAAAGACAGGAAAGAUGGAAAGAAAAUUAGUAAGAAAAUAAUAUUAGCCUGGUUAGAACGUUGGAAAUAAUUUAUAAGAAACAGAUUCAAAUGGAAAUAAAAUUCUAGCAAGAAGGGUUAUUGAAAAUACAUCAUCAACAUAGUAAGUUGAGAAGGAAGGAUGGAAAAAUAAUUAAGGAAAUUAUGAAAUAACCUUAUCCAUUCAAGAACCAACUUAAUUCAUUGAAGAAGAAAUUAUUAUCAUGAGAUAAGGUGGAAAAUAAGAGAGAAAAAUUAUAAGAAGACCUUUGGAUAAUGAUGGGAACAUUCUAGAGGGAGAAGAAAUUUUGGAAGAUUUAGGUGAUGGUUGCUAUGUAGUUUCUAGAAAGAUUGUUGAUAAUGAUUUGUCUCUCACUUCUUCGAAGUGGAAAAAAAAUAGUGAUGGAAAUUAUGAAUAAUCUUUGGGCGUUGAACCUUCUCAAUAUAUUACUGAGGAAGUUUUAUCAUUAAAUAAUGAAACAGGUAUGAUGGAAAGAAAACUAGUGAGGAAACCGUAUUCGGGAGGAAAAAUCCAAGAAGGUGAUUAAUUAAAUGAAGUAGAUAAGAAUGGAAAUAAAGUGCUUUCCCGUAAAAUAGAAUCCAAUCUUCAACCUAAAGCAGCCAAAUAAUAAUGGUAAAAUGUUGGUAAAUAAGAAGAGAUUAUCAUAAAUUCCAAAGAACCUGAGCAAUAUAUUGAAGAAGAAAUUAUUCAAAUCAACCCAAAAACAGGAAAAAUAGAGAGAAAAAUUGUCAGAAAACCUAUGAAUAAUGAAGAAUUAGAUAAUUUGUAAAUGGGUUAGAAUUUACAAGAAGAUUUAGGAAAUGGUAAACAAGUAAUUUCAAGAAAAAUUGUGUAAAAUGAUCAAUCAAAUUAAGCUUUGAAAUAGUAAGGUUGGGUAAAGAAUAGUGAUGGGAAUAUGGAAAUCAGAUUUCAGCCUGAACCUGUAAAAUAUGUUGAAGAAGAAAUAUUAGUUUAAGGCGAAGAUGGAGUCGUUUAAAGAAAACUAAUAAGAAGACCAUACCUACCCUAAGAUAACAAAUUACAAAUUGGAGCAGUAAUAGAAAAAGAUUAAAAAGGAAAUAAAGUAGUUUCAAGAAAGAUUGUAUAAAAUAAUUAGCCAAUUGACUCCAACUGGGUUUAAUUAAGUAACGGCUAAUAGGAGAAAGUGAUCUCGGUGUAAGAACCAGAAGCAUACGUUGAGGAAGAGAUCAUUGUAAUAAAUCCCAGAACUUAGAAAUAAGAAAGAAAAUUAAUUAGAAGACCUUUGACUGAAUCAGAAAUUGGCGAAAUAGGAGAGAAUCUUCAAGAAGGUGAUGGCACUAGAAAAGUGGUUGCAAGAAGAAUAAUCUCUAAUGAAUAACCUAUGGAUUAAAUGAAAGAUUGGUAACAAAAAUAGGGACAAAUGGAAAUUUAAUUAGCCUAAAGUGAGCCAACUAAGUAUGUUGAGGAAGAAGUACUUUGUUAUGGGGAAAAUGGAUUGCAGAGAAAAUUAAUAAGGAGACCGUUAACGAAGGAAAAUUCUGAGAUGGGAAGUAACUUAAAUGAAGUAGAUAAAGACGGAAACCGAAUUUUAUCGAGAAAAAUUGUCGAUAAUUCUUAAUCCCUUUCUUAAGUUCAAAAAGAUUGGUAAAAAGGAUAAAAUGGUACUCUUGAAAAAAUUAUUUCAUAAGGGGAACCUGAACAAUUUGUUGAAGAAGAGAUAAUAAUCAUCAAUCCUAAAACAGGCAAACAAGAGCGCAAAUUAAUAAGACGUCCUUAUGAAAAUGAGGAGGAAAUUGGAGAUUAAUUGAACGAAUCAAUUGGCAAUAACCAAAAAGUAGUAUCUCGCAGAAUUGUUUAAAAUGACAGUUCUUUAAGUGAAUGGAAGAAAAAUUAGAAAACUGGAUAAUUGGAAAAAUUAAUCAUUCAGAAUGAACCAGCUAAAUUUAUUGAGGAAGAAGUUUUAGUAAUGAAUGAAAAGACAGGAAAGAUGGAAAGAAAAUUAGUAAGAAAAUAAUAUUAGCCUGGUUAGAACGUUGGAAAUAAUUUAUAAGAAACAGAUUCAAAUGGAAAUAAAAUUCUAGCAAGAAGGGUUAUUGAAAAUACAUCAUCAACAUAGUAAGUUGAGAAGGAAGGAUGGAAAAAUAAUUAAGGAAAUUAUGAAAUAACCUUAUCCAUUCAAGAACCAACUUAAUUCAUUGAAGAAGAAAUUAUUAUCAUGAGAUAAGGUGGAAAAUAAGAGAGAAAAAUUAUUAGAAGACCUUUGGAUAAUGAUGGGAACAUUCUAGAGGGAGAAGAAAUUUUGGAAGAUUUAGGUGAUGGUUGCUAUGUAGUUUCUAGAAAGAUUGUUGAUAAUGAUUUAUCUCUCACUUCUUCGAAGUGGAAAAAAAAUAGUGAUGGAAAUUAUGAAUAAUCUUUGGGCGUUGAACCUUCUCAAUAUAUUACUGAGGAAGUUUUAUCAUUAAAUAAUGAAACAGGUAUGAUGGAAAGAAAACUAGUGAGGAAACCUUAUUUGGGAGGAAAAAUCCAAGAAGGUGAUUAAUUAAAUGAAGUGGAUAAGAAUGGAAAUAAAGUGCUUUCCCGUAAAAUAGAAUCCAAUCUUCAACCUAAAGCAGCCAAAUAAUAAUGGUAAAAUGUUGGUAAAUAAGAAGAGAUUAUCAUAAAUUCCAAAGAACCUGAGCAAUAUAUUGAAGAAGAAAUUAUUCAAAUCAACCCAAAAACAGGAAAAAUAGAGAGAAAAAUUGUCAGAAAACCUAUGAAUAAUGAAGAAUUAGAUAAUUUGUAAAUGGGGUAGAAUUUACAAGAAGAUUUAGGAAAUGGAAAACAAGUAAUUUCAAGAAAAAUUGUGUAAAAUGAUCAAUCAAAUUAAGCUUUGAAAUAGUAAGGUUGGGUAAAGAAUAGUGAUGGAAAUAUGGAAAUCAGAUUUCAGCCUGAGCCUGUAAAAUAUGUUGAAGAAGAAAUAUUAGUUUAAGGCGAAGAUGGAGUCGUUUAAAGAAAACUAAUAAGAAGACCAUACCUACCCUAAGACAACAAAUUACAAACUGGAGCAGUAAUAGAAAAAGAUUAAAAAGGAAAUAAAGUAGUUUCAAGAAAGAUUGUAUAAAAUAAUUAGCCAAUUGACUCCAACUGGGUUUAAUUAAGUAAUGGUUAAUAAGAGAAAGUGAUCUCGGUGUAAGAACCAGAAGCAUUCAUUGAGGAAGAGAUCAUUGUAAUAAAUCCCAGAACUUAGAAAUAAGAAAGAAAAUUAAUUAGAAGACCUUUGACUGAAUCAGAAAUUGGCGAGAUAGGAGAGAAUCUUCAAGAAGGUGACGGCACUAGAAAAGUGGUUGCAAGAAGAAUAAUCUCUAAUGAAUAACCUAUGGAUUAAAUGAAAGAUUGGUAACAAAAAUAGGGACAAUUGGAAAUUUAAUUAGCCUAAAGUGAGCCAACUAAGUAUGUUGAGGAAGAAGUACUUUGUUAUGGGGAAAAUGGAUUGCAGAGAAAAUUAAUAAGGAGACCUUUAACGAAGGAAAAUUCUGAGAUAGGAAGUAAUUUAAAUGAAGUAGAUAAGGACGGAAACCGAAUUUUAUCGAGAAAAAUUGUUGAUAAUACUUAAUCCCUUUCUUAAGUUCAAAAAGAUUGGUAAAAAGGAUAAAAUGGUACUCUUGAGAAAAUUAUUUCAUAAGAGGAACCUGAAUAAUUCGUUGAAGAAGAGAUAUUAAUAAUUAAUCCUUAAACAGGAAAACAAGAGCGCAAAUUAAUAAGAUAACCAGUAUAUUAAAUUAAUGAAUAAAUUACUUAUGGAGAUCGUUUAAACGAGUAAGGAAAGGAUGGUGAAAUAGUUAUUUCUAGAAGGAUUAUAUAAAAUUAAUUUUCAUCUGAUAAUUUAAAUUAAUAAGGGUGGUAACAGAAAAAGGAUGGAAAUUUAGAGUAAAUAAUAAGUGAAGCUGAACCAACCAAAUAUAUAGAGGAAGAAAUUUUAGUUAUGAAUCCAUAAACUUAACAACUUGAAAGAAAAUUAAUAAGAAGGCCAUUGUCACCAAAUUCAUAAAAUCUAAAAACUGGAGAUAAUCUAACUGAAAUUGAUAAGGAAGGAAAAUACAUUUUAUCUAGAAAAAUAAUUGAUAAUAUAUCUCCAAUUAAAUAAUAAUAAAAAGAUGGAUGGAAAUUUGAAUAAGGUAAGUUGACUAGAUUAGUAAGCUUUUCUGAGCCAAAAUAGUUCAUUGAAGAGGAAAUUCUAAUUAUUAACUAAACUACUGGAAAGCAGGAGAGAAAGCUAAUAAGAAAACCCUAUAUUGAGGAUAACAAAACCCUAUUUGGAGAUGAACUAGAUGAAUAAUAAUAAGGCUAUAAAGUAGUUUCUAGAAAAAUUGUUCCAAAUAAUAUCUCUUCAGAAACCAAAAAAAAAGAAGGGUGGAUAACUAAUAAAGAAGGAUUGAUGGAAAAAGUGAUAGCUUCAUCUGAGCCUUCCAAGUAUAUAGAAGAAGAAAUUUUAAGUUUUAAUAAGGAAACUGGUUAAUUAGAAAGAAAGCUUAUAAGAAGGUAAAUCUAAGAUAAUCUUGUUAUGGGAGACUCCAUAUAAGAAGUAGAUCCUUUAGGAAAUACAAUUUUGUCAAGAAAAAUAGUUGAUAAUAAUUCUACUACAGGAUGGAUUAAAUAAAAAAACGGAACUUUAGUAAAAUAACUAUCAGUAUAGGAGCCUGAGUAAUAUAUAGAGGAGGAAGUGCUUUUAACUGACAAGGACGGAUAAUAAAAACUAAUAGUUGAAAGAAGACCCUUUAUAAAUGGAGAAGGCAAAAUUAAUAGAACUGAUGGAGGUUUUGUUUUAUCAAGAAAAGUUAUUUAAAAUAACUAAACCUUAACUGCUCUAAAAUAAGAAGGAUGGGUUAAAGAUAAUUAAGGAAUUUUAAAAAAAGUUGGUGAUUAAUCUACUGGCAAUUCAGCAUUAGCCCAAUAAUUAAUUAAUUAAGAUUCUUAAUAUUUUGAAGAAGAACAUUAAAUAUUAAAUCCAAAAACUAAUGAAAUGGAAAUAAUUUAAUUAAAGUUUCCUUACAAUGUAAAGAGAUAAAUUGGAAAAAGAUUAAAAGAAUAGGAUUCUGAAGGUAAUCAAAUAAUAAGUCGAAGGAUUGUUACAAAUCUUGAUUUAGAUUAUAAUCCAUACUAAUUUGUAGAAGAAAUUGUUGAAAUUACAAAUCAAAAAUCAGGUUAGACAGAAUUAUUUGCUAUAUAAAAAUAGGUCAACAUUACAGAAGUAUAGAUUGGAAGAAACUUAAAUGAAAAAUAACCUAAUGGUUUUAUUAUCAGAUAAAGAAAAGUUAUAAAUUAAUUUUAAAUAGAUAGUUUAUCAAGCUGGAAAAAGGUUACUGAUGCUCCAAAGGAAUAUUUUAAAUAGCAUGCAAACAUAAAUAUAAAGAGAUAAAUGUAUUAAAUUGAUGAGGACAGCUAGGAGUAAAGAGACUCAUAAUAUCGAUCUAAUGAAGAGCUGAAUAGCUAAGGAAUAAGGGUUCCAGAUUUUGAUGGAUCCAGAACAGAUAAGUUUCUUGCAAGUUCUAGUGAAAAAAGAAACCAACAAUAAUUAAAAACUAUAGAAGAAGAAAUUUUAAUAUUGAACCCUUAAACAAAAAAAGUGGAGCGUCGCUUACAAAGAAAAACAAAUGAAGCAGAAUAAAAUCCAGAGAUCGGAGAUGAUUUAUAUGAGUAGGAAGAGGAUAUUGUAAUUUUAAGUAGACAAUUUGUUGAGUCAAAUUCCCCAUCAGAUUUAAUGAAAAAAGGCUGGUGUGAAAAGAGUAGCAACAUUUGGCAACGAAUUUUAAGCAAGAAUGAAUCUUUCUAAAUGAUUGAGGAGGUAGUAAAAGAAGGAAAAGGAAACAAAUAAAAAAUCAUCAUUACAAGAAAAAACUAUAAAGACGAGGAAUUAGUUUUUGGGGAAGAUUUGAAGGAGCAGCUCGGUUAAGAUCAAACUUUAGUUCGUAGAAUUAAAGUCUCUAAUCGAUCUUUGGCGUUCUAUAAAAAUUGUGAUUUUAGCAAAAAUAGAGAAGGAAAUUAUGUAAAAAUAAUCUAAGCAAAUGAUAACCCAAAUGUUUAAUUAAAAAUCCCAAAAUAUUAAGAACCAAAUCUUAAGAAGAGUAAAUCGAGCUCCUCUUAACUAUCACUAAUUUAAGCUAUAGAGUAAACAUAAAUAACUAAAUCUAAAUCUUUAAUAAAUGUUAGCGACUAAUAUAAUAAAACUCAAGGAACAAAUAAAGGUUAACAAUAAUUACAUGAAUAAUUUAUGGAUGAUCAAGCAAUAAUUAAUAGAACAAAUAUUUCAGAUAUAUCCGAAACAGAUAAAAUGUUUUUAAAAUAAUUAGAGAGAAAGGAUCAUAGCAAAAAAUAAUCCCAAUAAGAUAUCCUGCGAAAUAGAGUUGGAUCUGACAAAAACAAUAGAAGCUCAUCCAGUCCCUUUUCAGACCAAGAUUACAAUAUGAGUUCUAACUCUGUAAUAGGCAUCAAAAUCAUAAAAAGACUUCUUUAAAAAAUGAUUUUAGUUAAAGUUAAAAUUGGAUUUGAUGAAAUUUGCCAUAAAAAGUAAAAAAUACAUAUAUCUACUAGUUAAUAAUAUGAGAGAUUCUCAAAAGCGAUUAGAUUAAUAAAAAAAUUUGGAACGAGAUGUGGAUUUGCCUCUCUCAAUGAACAUAGGCUAAAAACUUUUAUAGAAUUCAAUGAGGAUGACAUCAUAAAAUAUAAUUAGAUGCUCACUGAAAAUAAAAUUUAAGCAAUGGAACAUAUUCCUGAAUAAGGUUAACAAGCUGAGCCUAUAGAAUUAAGCCCUGAUGAAAAAGGAUCAAGGACAUUAGUUAAAUCUCAAUCAUAAAUAUUACCAAAAUAACUCAAUUUUAGAAACUCAUUCACUAGUACUCCACAAAAAGAAUAAUAGUAAUUAUCUUAAAAUUAAAUCAAAUCUGGUUAACCAGUUAGAGCUGCAUAAGCUCCAUCUACUUCAAUUAUUAUUUCUUCACUUCCUCAAUCUUAAUAAUUAGCCAGGGGAUCGAAUUCCCGUAGCUCAACCAUCAAAACUGUAGUCAGUCCUUAACCUUAAUAAACAAAAUAGUAAAAAUAAAAAUAAUAAUUUAGUGUUGCAUAACAAAAAUUUUCCUACCAAAGUGAAGAUAAAAAAAAAAGUGGUUAAAACACCAACUAAAGCACUCAAAAGAGUAAUAGAUAAUAAGAAGUUCCUUCAGUAAAAAUAAUUUAAUAUUUAAGGUUAAUUAAAGUUAAAAUGCAUCAUAAAGUUCUAUUUAAAAUUCAAGCAAUUAAUUAGCUGCCUAAAAAAAAGACAAAAUAUAAUAGUAAUUUAAAAAAAUGGGAUCAUAUUCUCAAAAAUCAAAAAAGUGA